AGCAUUGUGCUCAGAAAAGGGGUAGUGGCACUUGAGCCGCCAGCGUGAUGCCAUCAGCUUGCUGCUUGCACUCAUCUCGCCAUGCGAGCUUGCACAGUCCGAUGCGGCCGUGGUUUUGAUGGGGUGGCGUUGCCGUGGUCGGCAACAAACAGAAACCCUCCGGCGGCACCGAAACGGAACCGAUAUGGUGCCGUCCUUGCAGCCAACAUCGUGAUUGCGGCGGUGUCGAAGGCAAAGCAGCGCCGCUCGAAACACGCUUUGUGUGCUGAGGAGCCCGACAAGAGCCCGUUCAUGCGUUUCCUGGAGAUCGAUACCUCGGUCUUCGAGACCAAACGGGAGUAUGCCACCCGCACCGCGCUGGAGCGGGCAUUCGAUGGCAUAACUGUGAACUUGAAGGAUUUGUCCAGGAAGUAUGGACCCAACGUGCCUCUCGCUUCCUUGGAAAGCCCGGUGUACCGAAUCAUCGCCUUCACCGUGGCAUUCUUCGCCUACCCUUCCAUCGUCCGCUUCUUGCGAGGGAUCCUGCAAAUGGGGGUGGGCGAGAGCACGGCGGAUUUGGCAGAUGUGGUGACCGACUUUGUAACGGUGGAGACGUUUGUUUUUGGCAGCUACGCUGGGGUGACCUUGUCUGUCCAGAUGCAAAGGCUGGCUGAGCUGCAGACGGAAUGUGCCAAGGAGUGUGCUCACUUGAGCGGCAUGGCGGAGCACACGGUGAAUUUGUUCGCAUCGCUGGACAAGUCGGCGUUGAGCGCGGAGAGCCGCGCCACAGCGCUGGGCUGCGAGAAGGAGUGCCUCAACGCCCUGUGGCACCACUCGGACCGUCUGGCUUUUGGCACACGGGGCGAGGAGCUGAUGGACAUCGCCGAGCGCAAGCGGCGGCUGGACAGCGUGUCCAACUACCGGGUGUCGUUGCUGAAGUGGGGCCGAAACCGGCGGGAGAGCUCGAAGCAAGCCCCGCUCUACGAGCCAGAGCUGCAGCUGUGCCUGCAGAUGACCAAUACCAUGCGGGAGUUCCGCGCCGGGCGCCUGUCCAGAGAGUCCUUGACCCUCCCCACCACAUUUUUCUGGACCUUUGGGCUGUUGUCCAUCUUCAUCUCCGCCUCCUUCGCCUUGCGAGAGGCUGCGGAUCCCAACAGCGAGUUUUCCAUUGUGGACCGGUGCUUCUUCUCGACCCUCGCCUUGGCCUUCCUCACUCUCUUCCGCUUGGCCGUGGAUGUGAACUUCCCCUUUCGCGGGGAUUACCAAAUACGACGGGGCACCAUCACUGCCGAGCUGGUUGCGGCAAGGGCUACCUUGAAGGAAACGCUCGCGGAUUAUGGCGUGCAGGCCAAGCUGAAAAGAGGCCGAUGA